AUGGAGGAGCUGUGUUGCUGGUGGCUGGGCUACAUGCAGAACUUCAGGGCCAAAAAAGACGAGUGCAGAGGGGGGUUACUGUAUGUUGUUCACACCCAAGGUCCACUUGAUGGAAGCCUAUAUGCCCGGGUCCGCAAGAAAGACUCCCUGGAGGGAGCUGUCACCAUCAACGGCCUCCCAGUCCAUGAAAACCCCUUAACCAAUGCCGAGAAUCCAUUACAACAUGCCAACCAUCCCCUCCAAACCACUGACCAGACCCUUCCAGUGACAGGCCACGCCUCCCUCCCUGCUGUCGACCAUACCCUCUCCGUGAGCAGCGACUCAGGCAACUCUACCGCAUCCAUAAAGACUGAUCGUACUGAUGAGCACAGCCAAUCCUUGCAGGGUGCCGUUAACCACAGCAACCCAAUAGCGACCCACCCGCCACUCAGCCCACAGGAGAAAAGAGAGCUUGACCAGCUUCUGAGCGGCCUUGAGGCACCAACUCAUCAACGACAAGCCUACCUGUCCACGUCCACCAGUCCAGGAGGAGGUGUCCGACACCUGGUCCCAGCGCAGGUGCAUGUCAACGGGGGCCACACAAGGCUAGUUGGCGCCUCUUCAACAGAGGAGCGUGAGACAGAUAUUCUCGACGACGAACUGCCUAAUAGCCAAGAGGGUAAUAGUGUGGACAGCUUGGGCACGCUGUCAUCCCUAGAGGGCCAGGCGACUCCAGCUGACCUAUACUACCAAUCACAAACGCCCAUCAGCAGGCAGAACGACGGGCCCUACCUUGAGAGAGGUGUUCUUGGAGAGAAGUUGAGUGAGAUGCCUGUGCAUGGAGUACGAACUCCCAUGGCGAUGCAAGAGAGGUCUGUGGACUCUGCAUCACCACAGGUGGGAUACAACAACUACCAGAACGGAGGUGGGAUGUACCGUUCACAGUCUUUUGGGAAUCAGCCAGCCAGCAGCCCCGAGACCAACCCUAAACUGAUGCCCAGGGCCCCAGAGAGGAGUACCAGUAGCCGGGAAGCUGUUCAAAGAGGUCUCAACACCUGGCACCAGUAUAGCCUCCCAGAUGAUCCAUUUGGCCCUCCUCUUCAGUCAACUCAUAGCUUGCCCCAUUUCCCCACCUCAGCCUCGCAGCGAGACAUUGAGCAGUCCAUUGAGGCGCUCAACAUGCUCAUGCUCGACCUGGACCCAAUCAACUCCCACAUGUCCAAGUCCCACAGUGCGCCUCCUGGGGAGAACAGCCUCAAUUCAUCCCAAGCACCCUUCUCCCAGACCCUCGCAAGACCCUCAUACCAAGCAGACUCUGCCAUCCACGGUUACAACAACUCUGUGUCUGUGAACAACUCCUUUCAUCAGCCCCUGGGGCCAACUGGGAGAGUCUCAACGUUGCCCAACCAGAGCCCCCUUACGGAGUCCCCGGUGUGUUCUCCCCAGAGGUCCAACGCUGGCUACCAACACCAAAACACCACCCCGACACACACCCCAGAGCCCUACCUCCACACACGCCAAGCUGCCCACCACUACCCCACAGAUCCCCCCUCUAAUUUCAACCAGCAGGUGCCAGUGAAGCCUGUGAACUCAUAUCCAGGCAUGGGGGUUUCCCACUCCCCGGACUUGCAGGGUUCGUCUCCUUAUCCAGGCUACAGUGCCUCUUCCUCUCCUCUCCCUGCACUCACUCCCCAGCCCAAGGAUACAUCUUCUUCAUCCUUGCCCAGAGAACAAGAUGCAGAGGAGGAGACGCUAAACUUGGAGGGCCUGGUGGCUCACCGCAUCGCUGGGGUUCGCUCAAGAGGAAUGACCCCAGAAGUGACGCAGGAAACGGGUAGGCGUCGGACGACCAGUGAGGGACAGUACCAGAGCAGCCAUGAUAAUAUGCCGACAGUGGAUUCACCAGACUUCGCACACAAUCUGGCCCUCAACCCAGGAGGAAGACCCAGAGAGGGUCCUAUGCACAGCUAUCGGGAGGCAUUUGAGGACUAUGAGGCGGACGGGUUUGCCAACAGUCCCACCUUUGGAGGCGGUGGUGAGAAUUCCCCCCAGACCCCCGGCUUCCCCGUGUCGCCACAGACUCCUUACUUCAACAUGUCUCGCUCUCCUCCAGGUUUGGCUAAGACUCCUCUGUCAGCGCUGGGACUUAAGGCGCAUCAACACAGUGGAUCAGAUAAUCGCAGUUUUGGGGACUCCAGAGCACAACUUUUCAACGCUCCUCUCUCCUCCAGCAGUCCCAUCCAGAGUGCUGAUGGGAGGACGAUUGGUUCUUCAGAUGGGGCCCCACACAGCCCCUCCCACUCCUACCCUCACAGACCCGCCUCUCCCGAGGGCUCCCAGGUCAACAUCAUGGGCGUCCACACUGUCCCUGGCAGCCCCAACACCCUCCACCGCACAGUGGCCACCAAUACGCCACCGAGCCCCGCCCUCCAAAGACGCCUGGGUCAGGCGAGCCCUUUGCUGGCCAGACACCCACCUCCAGCUGGUGGCAACAUCCCUUCUAGCCCUCUGAUAGGCCGAAACCCUAAAACUGCAGUGGCUGGUGUGCCUCCCAGCCCUCUGAUGGGGCGCCGUACAGUAGCGAGCGGCCACAGCACGCCAGAUGAAUUGGGGGCUGCGUCUCGUCAGGGGAGCGUCCAACCGCCCUCCACGCCUGCUUUCCCCGUCUCCCCACAGCUGCCGGAGAAGAGGCACAUGUCCAGCGGAGACGCAGAGCGGAUGGACAACAAGAACCUGACGCUCACACCGGUCAGCGGUGGCAGCACGCCAAACCUGUCUGGCACGCACACGCUGCCAGACAUCUCAAAGUCCAUAUAUGAUGGUUAUCCGGACAUUAAGAUGAAUGUCAAGUUUGUCCAGGACACCUCCAAGUUCUGGUACAAGCCAGACAUCUCCAGAGAGCAAGCCAUCAAUCUGUUGAAGGACAGGGAGCCCGGGGCGUUCAUCAUAAGGGACAGCCAUUCCUUCCGUGGAGCCUACGGCCUGGCCAUGAAAGUGGCCUGCCCUCCACCAACCGUCCAACAGAACAAAAAAGUUGGUGACAUGACUAAUGAGCUGGUGAGACACUUCCUGAUUGAGACAAGCGCAAAAGGCGUGCGUCUGAAGGGUUGUCCCAAUGAACCCUACUUUGGUUGUCUUUCUGCUCUGGUGUACCAACACUCGAUGACUCCACUGGCUCUGCCCUGUAAGCUGAUGAUCCCCACCAAAGACCCAAACGAAGAGGCGUUGGAACUUGCCACACCUACUGAUCCUGUUGCUGAACUUCUGAAGCAGGGGGCAGUUCAGAAAGUUCCUGAGGAUGCCCAUGCGUGCAAUGUUCUCUACAUCAACUCUGUGGACAUGGAGUCUCUCACGGGGCCUCAGGCCAUUGCCAAGGCGAUCAGUCAGACACUGGCGAACAACCCUCUGCCUGAUGCGACCACCGUCCACUUCAAAGUGUCGACGCAAGGCAUCACGCUCACUGACAGUCAGAGGAAACUUUUCUUCAGGCGACACUACCCCAUCAACACGGUAACCUACUGUGACAUUGAUCCCCAGGACAGAAAAUGGGGCAAAGAAGGAGGAGGUUCAGUGAAGCUUUUUGGAUUCGUUGCAAGGAAACAAGGAAGCACAACAGACAAUGUCAGCCACCUGUUUGCUGAGCUGGACCCAGAUCAGCCCGCCUCCGCCAUCGUCAGCUUCGUCUCCAAAAUGAUGAAGCGGUGAAACCCCAAACGUCCAGAUGGCAGUGGCCAAUUUUGAAAUCUUCCUUCGUCAUUGGUGUCUUUUUCGCCAGGACUCAAUGAUGUCCUUCUUAUUUCUGUUUCCUGUUGGUUUGUUUGUCUUUCCCUUAUCUCUCCUUUUUUCUCUCUGCCUUGCUGGUUUGUCUUGACUUCGGUCUUUUUUGAAAGAGUCUCUAUUUGAGGGAUUUAGUGUGGAUCCAGAGUGGCGCUAGUGGAUGUGUGGUGUGGAGCUGUGAACGUGACAAACAUGGAGGCCAAUGAGGGGAGAAAAAUUACUCACAGGGUAACCUGUGCUAGAUGAAAAUGCUAGCUAAAGACUAAAGGAGCAAUGCUAAGUUAUGUCGGGGAACAUGUAAGGACUCGUAUGUUUCAGGGUUUUCUGUUGUCGUUUUUGUUGAUUGAUUUACCAAAGGUAGUUGCAACACAAGUGCAAGAAUGAUGUAGCUAUUAAGCCAUUAUUAUUUCCUCUUUUCAAAAGAUGAAGUGUUGAACAAACAAAAAAAGAAAAGAAAUACGGUUUCUUCUUGAACUUGUCUUCAGGAAAAAAGUUGGCCUCGAUGGCUUUUAGCAAAACAGUCUCUGAAGACCUUAUGCAUGUUAGCUUGAUCUUUAAGCUUGGUUCUUCUACCUUCCACAAAAGUCAUUGUGAAAUCCUAGAGUGGUCAUUUCCAGGUCUGUUGUGUGUUUGAAAGGGCUCUGCAGUGAAACAACGACUGAUCUAAACUGCGCAUAGCAGACCAGACUCAAAAAAAAAACGCCACGCUAAGGUCACCGCACUUUGUGUCAGUGCAGCCACACUUUGCUUCACCUCGGCCUCCGGUCCAAGCCUGAUCUCUCUCUCUCUCAAAACUCGCUUAUUGGAUUACUUUCACCUGAAAUCAGCAAGCUCCUGAUAACAUGGCAGACAGAGAGAGGAAGACUGUUUGUCCACACGAUGGCGCCAUUCAUUCAGGCUUGGACUCUGCCCUAGACUUGCCAUCACCAACUGCUUGCAGUAGUGGAUCUGUUGAUAGACGCUGCCACUGAAACACACUGGAAAUCACCAGGGACUGACCCCAUGACCUGGACCUAUGCACUGUUCUUUAUGCAUGUUGUUGUCCCAAAAUGCACCCUCCCUCAUAGCUACAUUCACCAUCACUGAAAACAUUCUAUGCUUUGUGCUGAAAAUGACUUAAAAACCUUUAGACAAGUACACUGAGGUUUUAUGUCUUGUCAAAGACUGCAUGAAAUAGACAACAUUUUUGUAUUCUUCUCAGAGUCCUGAAAAGAAGUAGACAACCCAUUGUUGAAGUAGUCACAUGAUGGUGAGAUGCUAUAUUUUACUUAUGUUUUCUUUAUUUUUUUGUCCAUUUGAGCCAGGGUUACCUUUCACUGUAUCAAGGACAGUCCGGUCUCUUUUCCGUUCCACAGUGUCGUCAAAAUUUACAUUUAGGCACCUUUUAGGGCAAAGGGGAAAAAAACACAAGGAGUUUCCACACUGUGCUCAAAUGCCUGCUCGUUGAACACACGCUCAACCAUUCACAAUAAGCUAAGGAAAAUUGAUAUUGAUAUAAAUGUACAUAGAUAUACUACUUUGAAAGGUGACAUAGCGAAAAAGUAUUUAUUUUUGUUGCUUUGGUCCCUCAUGAUUACUCAUAUAUACAUAUAUUGUACAGUCUAGAUAAAGAAGAUUACCUAAUGGGUUGAGACAAAAAAUAUAUUCUUAUUUUGGCUAAUGAUUUCAAAGUCUGACGAUUUUGAAAUGUGUUUGAAUAUAUGGUGUACAUUACUUUGUACAUGUAUAUGUUUGUUUUUCGGCUUGUCAUGUUUUUCCAUUUUUGCGUUCUCUCAGAACGAGGUAGGGCAUGAAUGAGAAUUAGAAGCCAAGAGUCUGAAUUGCAUGGACAGAAGCAUUUGAGUGCGUUUCAACAGCAGAAACACGCUCAUCAAAGCAAAUGCGUUGUAGCUGUUAGAUCUUAAGGCAAGGACAUGCCGAUUUUAGUAAAGGGAAGCACGAAAAAUUUCAGCAGCCAACCUCAAAUGCAAUAUGAAAAGAGCUGUAUGCACCCAUGACAGUUACAAUUAUAAUUUUGCCAAAGAUUUAAACACUUUACACAUCUAUGCUGACUAGCUGCAUGUUGCUUUUUACAUUCAACUGCUACUCCGUUUCCAUUUUUGUGUUCCACACACCUUGUUCAGUGUUAACAGCAAAUUUAAGAAAGCUCAACCAGCGAGGACACAGAUAUUUGAGUUACUGGUCAUAUAAGUAUCGCAGGGGCCCCUUGCAUUUAUACAGAGAGAUGUUCAGCUGCAGAUGACGAAAGUAUGGACUUUUUAAAAAUGUGUUUUUACUGGUGUCUCAGCACUCAAGAAAUGUGUCCAGGCCUGCUAGACCCCGAUUGGAAGUGUGUAAACAAAGCACUUAUAUUCACAAUACCAAAAGAGGAGUGACAUAAUUUCCAUAUGGGUGUCAGUGCUGGAGGUAAAUAAAGCUAGACGUGUCUCACCGCGAUGCUAAAGCUCUACAGCAGCAGCUUUGUCAGACUGCCAAAGGUGUCUUCUCUGGCCCUCUUGAAAGUCAGUGAUUUAUUUAUUCUUAUUUAUUCUUUUAUUUUUUUCCUGACAUGUUUUUAAAGAUCUCGUUUCAUCGUCGCAUUAUCACAUUACCGCAAUUUUAACGGUCGGUGUUAACGAAUGGAGGAAUGUAUGGUGGCGCUUUAUUGAAAGCAAAGAGGUACAGUGCACUUAAAGCAACUAUAAGCAAGCCAUAUGCCAUUUUUAGUCAAUUGGAGAAAGCAAAAUAAAUAAAUAAAUGUUCUCCCAAAUUUUGAAAAAUGUGCAUUGUACCUGUAGACUUUGAGUCAAGAGUUACCUUGUUGUUUCAGUGAAAAAGAAGUGAUUUCUGUGACCCCCUAUGUACAGAUGGGACUUGAUGUAUGAAUGUGCAACUAUGGAUGUACAGCAGGGUCUCAGAUUUUGUUUGCGCUUAUCAUUUACAUUAUAUUGUCAUGGCUUACCUGUUCCUAAGGAGAAAAAAAAAACAUUAAAGCAAUACAAAUCAGUUACAUUAA